AUCCUUUCUCCGCGCCGUCCUCCUCCCCUCGUCCGCUCCGCUUCUCCUCCGUCGACAACCACCACCGUCCGCGGCGGCGCUCGUCUCCUCUCCCUCCUUUCCACGCGGAGGCACCGGCGACGGCGGCCUCUUGCCAUCUUCUCAGAGACCACCUCCUCCUCUUCUCGUGCUCGUCCGGCGAGGGUUGAAGAGUUUUUUGGUCUGUGAUGAUGUCGUACACUUAGCUUGUUGCAAAUUAUGUGUGAUAUUGGAAGAGAUUAAACAUAAGGAGUCCAGUUCUAUGGCCUUUAUAAUGAAUGGAUGUGAAGAAUGUGAAUCUCACGGUUGCAAGGACUACAUAAAUAGAGGGACUUCCAUUUGUUCACUGUCUCAGUUUGUGCAGCAGAAAAUGGUUAGUGGGUUGAUCAAUGCUAAUCCUAUAGUGUAUGAAAGAAAAGAAAGGCAGGUUCAGAGUGCACCAAUUGACAUAGAUCAGUAUGCUGACGAGCCUAUAGAUCAGCAAGAGAUCUUUGAUCACAUUAGAGAUAUAAAGGAUCCAGAACACCCAUAUUCAUUGGAAGAAUUGAAAGUGGUUACAGAAGAUUCGAUUGAAGUCAAUGACAAGCAAAGCUAUGUUAGGGUCACGUUUACUCCGACAGUUGAGCAUUGUAGUAUGGCAACUGUUAUUGGACUUUGCCUACGUGUAAAACUUAUGCGUAGUCUUCCUUCUCGUUACAAGGUGGACGUUAGGGUAGCCCCUGGAACACAUGCGACUGAAGCUGCUGUACAUAAGCAGUUAAAUGAUAAGGAACGUGUAGCAGCGGCACUGGAAAAUCCAAACCUGUCUGGAAUGGUGGACAAGUGCUUAGCACCCACCUUUGCGUGAUGUGUAGAUGUGAUCAGAAUUGCAGGGAACAAGAUGAUCUCGGUUUUGCGUGGUGUUGUAUACAGAACAUGAAUGGUCAUCCUUUCGGAAUUGAGUGAUUACCUUCAGAUUCCUCGGAUGGUGCUGGAUUAUACACGGGUAAUUUUGAGCUGUGUUAUUGUCAACCACAGCUAGAUCCAAUUACUUUUCUUUAUUGGUGUCCUGCACUGGUGGAUAAACAAAUUACUUUCCUCUUUUUUGCUUUUAAAAAAAAAAGAAAAAGAAAAUAUGAGCGGUGGAGAAGGCACGUUCUCCAUUAAACGAAA